AAACAGACCGAUGGACGACUGCUACGCAAACAUGGCUCCAUUUAUGUCAAAAAGUAUUUUUCAUCCGGAAAGGUGCCGCUUUCUGAUCGUCAAAGAUACAUUCAUUUAUUCUCACGUGAUUAGACAGUCAUUUUACAAUUAGUAGUUGAUUAUACCACUUCACUUUGAUCCUUAACCAAGAUAAAAAAGGAUUAUAGCUGAAUGAAAGUUGAACCAAUAUUGCAACUCAAUCAACAACCUUUUAACACUGCAAUUUCGUGUUAUUAAUCUGCUUUUGUAAUUCUAAUUACUAAUUGCGGUGUUCACCGUUCUAGUGACCUUAAGAUAGAGCAGGCGCGCACUCUUUUGUCCUAGAGACGUCUCUUCAAGACAUGCUGUUUGUAUUUCUCGCGAAACUUAUCUGUUCAUAUGAAGACGACUCAAAGAUGUCAACGUUCUUAUUGUUUUCAAGCCGAAGUGAAGCUGCUUAUGUAUGAUGAUAGUGUUUGUUCGUUCGUUUGUUCACCUGCGGAUCGGGAACUGUUUCAGUCGAAUGGAAAUACAAUAUAGUAUUUUUUUUUUUUUACCAUCAUUCGGGCAAUUACGGGUGAGAACAUAAAAAGAACUGCUGCUUUGAAGACGUGUUAGAUCGACGCGCAAUCAACGGCUUAAACUGAGUUAAUAAACAUGUUCGCCGGAAGACAUAACGAUGAGUUCUACUUGAUAUGGGAAAGCAGCUGCCGCAACUUCAUCGAAGACAUUAAAUUUUCUUCGCUGGACGCAAAAUCGCGUUUGAACGUUCACGUUUUCCUGCGGAACGAUACUCCAGUGAAAGCCCUUCCGCCAUCGGACCCCGACUGGAUUACAACUCAUUUCACGCUCACAACAUCCCCUUAUGCAUCUGAUACGGGGCUUAUUGCAUGCCUUCUUGAGAAAUAUGGUGAUUUCGUUGAGGAGUCAGGCGACAACCAAGAUAUUUCGCGGCGGAGACGAGUUUUCUUGGUCGCUGAGCGAGCGAGACAAUAUGAGGAACUUAUCGCGAAUUUGAAGUUGUUUAAUCAAAAAGUGGAAAUUCAAGAGAUCAAUGGUCAGGAACUAGACAUUUUUGAAGUUGUAAAGGAUUCGUGCAGAUUUUGCCGCCUUGUGUUUGCCGAUACGGAAGAGACGGACAAACAUAACUUUGAAGAACACAACUUCUUCUGUCAAAACCCUUUGUGCCAUGGCCACCGCCAAAGAUUUCCCUCCGAAGAAGCGCUUUUGAAGCACAAAGCCUCACAAACUAAAUGCCUAUACUGCCAAGAGUUGUUUUGUUCGGAUGAUUUGAAUAGAGCGCACAUGAAACGUGAACACAAUAUCAACCCGCAGAGUUUUCCACAUAUGGAAGCGAAAGCAGAUUUCUUUGCAGAACAAGAAAAAGUUUCAUCUUUGCCUUUGCGAAUUUCAUGUCAGUUUUGCCCUCAGAAACAGUUUUUAUCCAAGGGCCAGUUAGAGAUACACAUGCGAAACUCCCACAAGAAAUGCAAUUGCUCAUGCGGGAGUUACUUCAAAUCGAGAGAGGAAUAUUUAGAUCACUUCUACAGUGUUUAUCCACUUCCUUGUUACGAGAACCGCAAAUGCCCGCACCGCUUUCAAUCGGUUUAUUACCAAGCAGCUCACCACAGAGAUUUCCACAACUCUCUAAAUCCAUUUUACUGCGUUCCUUGUCAGAAAAGAAAAAUCGCAGAGGGCUUGCCAUUCUCGAAUACGAAGACCUCAUUCAAAGAUGACAGUAGUUUGCGUAUUCAUGGCUGUUCCUUGGGCCACAACGAAACAGAAAUGUUUUUAUUUGAUUUUGAUGAUGCUGCUCUUAACAUAGGGGAAGAAAAAGCCCCUCUGCGAAGAUCCCCAACUAGAACGACCUCGAAUUUAAAUUAUUGCUAAGCGAAAGUAAUUUUUCCUAUAAUCACGUAACAAGGGAAAAUAAUGGUACAUUAUUUUCUCUUGUCACAAAACUUAGGCUCGCUUUCCGCUGUUUUCUUAGAGCCCUCGUUCCCCCUUCCCUCUGAAUACCGAUGUCAGUGUUCUUUUGCGGGAUAGUUUGCGCAUGUCCUGUCAUGCAUGAAGGCAUUGAUAAAUCACGAUCGUCCCCAAAGCCACUCGGUUUGCGUUUUCAUUCGGAUUACGUACCCGUUUCUCCGACCUCAUGACCAAAAGGAAAGAGGACUCUGGAGACGAGAAUGGCUGGGUGUCGCAUUAGGUCGUUGAAGCCGAGACAGACGGUUUUGGGGGGUAGAGCGCCGUCAAUACAUUACUCACAUUGCCGUUGGCUGUCAUUGAGUGAAUGGCAGCCAAGAGUGUAGGCCUGCAAUGUAUGCACGAAUGUCGAGUUUAUGGUUAAUAUCACGUCGCUGAUUUUAGUUUUUGUUUUCUGUUUUCCUACUGAGAGUAUGAACAGAAAUUUUAUUUCAAGAGCGAAAACGGUGUUUCAUAAUUUAUCCAGCUUAGUGUAGACAGAGCCCAAAAGGUCUUGGUUUGAAAGGUGUUUAAUUUCCCAAUACUGGCGUACAAUUUUCACCACCCACCCCCCCUUGUUUGAGUUGUUUUUUUUAGAGGCCAACAGUGACAUUUCUUUUCUCCACUCAAAAUUUUUGGUUCAGCUUUUUAUAUCAAUACAUUAAUUAUGUCAAUUUUUCUUAAGCAUGCAAAUGUGCUAUUGGAAGAAUGCUAAUCUAUGUAACUGGCCAUAAUUUGAGACAAAUCUCACAAGUACCCCCCCAUUUAAUUUCCCAAUAUAAUCUUUCAAUUUUCAUUAUUCCUCCUUGUUUGAGUUGUUUUUUUUUUUAGAGGCCAACUGUUACAUUUCUUUUCUCCAAUCAAAACAAUUUUCAGUUCACCUCUUUAUAUCAAUACAUGAAUUAUGUCCAUAUUUUUAUUUUGCACGCAGAUGUUCAUUUGUAUUAUAAAAAUGCUUAUCUACCUAACUGGCCUUGACUUGAGACAAAAUCUAAUAAAUACUCCCAUGGUAAGGUGCUAAUCAUUCCCCCCCCCCCUAAUUUUCUUGUAGAUUGAACCUUUAACCCAAGAGUGAUAUGCAUUAAAUUCUCCCAACAGUAACACCAGCAAGAACAU